GGCACAUUCUGCUGUGAGGUACUGUGGAUGAAAGAGGGGAUGCGCCAAGUACGCACCUCGUUACGGGAACUUUAAGCCUGUUACAAAAACAUGAAAGAUAGCACCGGGAUAAAUCGAAAACCUGACAAGCAUCUACAGAGUAUGUGACAAGCAGCCAAAACAGGAUUUCACGCUCCGUAUUAAAGACUCAUCUUGACCCUUGCUGAACUACAGAAGCCACUUUUAAAUCUUGACUGACUGUGAUAUCCCAUCAUGCCACUGAUUGUGCUUUCCAAUUCCCAGCUGCUGUGGGUACGGGUAGCUGCCCUGUUAUUCACCUGUGUGGCAUUCAGUGUCGCAGCACAUGGAGGCUCUGUGCGCAACGGUAUGGGAGAUUGGUGCAUCUUCUGCUGGGCGUUCAGCUUUGCCUGCACCCUGUUGGUCCUGCUGGUGGAGCAGUUUGGCCUCCAGGCCCGAGCCCCAGUGUCCUGGUCCAAUUUCCCCAUCACUGUCGCCUGCUAUGCCGCCCUCCUUUGCCUCUCUGCUUCUGUCAUCUUCCCAUUGUAUUUUCUCAAGGACCAGACACUGUACCACGAGAUUCGUGACCAUCGCAUCGCCUCCACCGUCUUCUCCUGCCUCGCGGCAGUUGCCUACAUGGGUGAGGUGAGCCUGUCUAAAGCGAGGCCAGGAGAGGUGGCUGGUUACAUGGCUACAGCCCCGGGCUUGUUGAAGGUGUGCCAGACCUUUGUGGCCUGUGUUAUCUUCAUCCUGGUCAGUGAGCCUGUGUCAUACGAACAUCAUGCAGCACUCAAGUGGUGCAUGGCUGUGUACUGCAUCUGCUUCAUCCUCUCCAUAGCUGUGGUGGUGCUGUGUGUAGGAGAGUGCACCGGCUGGCUCCCUAUCCCAUUCUCUAAGUUCCUGUCAGCGUAUGGGCUCCUGGCGGUUAUCAUGUACUUGACCGCGACCAUCAUUUGGCCCGUGUUCCAUUUUGACAAAAAGUACCAGGAUAGAAGAUUUGAGCAGUCAAAACUGAUCGCUGUGGCUGUGCUCACUGCCCUCAACUUCCUGCUUUACCUUGCUGACCUGGCCUACACUGCCAGACUAGUGUUUGUCACUGUCUGAGAAGAAGAAAUGAAGGAGAGAGACACACAGUGAACAAAGCAGAAAUCACGAGUGCAGAGAAGUGUAGCAGAUGUUGAAUUUCUGACAAAAAGACAUUAUUCUAAUCUUUUGCUGCCUAAUUGUAAAAUACAGUGUUUAAAAAUCCUGUUGAUACAAGGAAAGCCCAGUAAAUCAAAAGCUUGCUUACAGUAUGUAUAUGUAUGUAUGUGUGGUUCAUGUAGAUUUACUGCUAUCUGAAAUGACAGUAUUUAACCUCUAAUGUGACUUUUGUGAAAUGUGCAACUCAAGUAUCAGGUGAAAGAUUUUACAUGAUGGUGAGACACAACUAAAAAAAGAGGAUGUCUGUUAAAAUCCCUUGAAGUCAAACACACUGGAGAAGACAGAAGAAAACCAAAAGUCCAAAGGCAAAGUUUUUAUUUCAGUUUAAAUGUUUGUAUUUAUCUGAGACACGCAGGCAUUCUAUCAGUAUCGAAACAUGAAAAAAUGUGAUUUGUGCAAACUAAGCUUUUAGUUAAACCAAUAAAUAUUUCGUGUUAAACAGCAAAUGUGAUUCAGACAACUGUUAUUCUGCUUUUUCUCCUUAAAUACUGCCACUGUAGACUGUACUGUACAAUAUACACAGGCAGUCUUAUAGUUCUGACUUCCUUGUGUAUAUGCAUAAGAAAAUAUGUCAGUUCCCUUGAUGCAUUCAAGCUGUGCUCCCCAAACUUUCCCCUGCAUAAAAAUUGAAUAUA